AUGCAGUUAGAAAAUAUUAGAACUGACGAGUAUGCAUUCUCUGCUGCCCUGCGUUCAUGCUCAGACCUUGCUUUACUUCGGCUAGGUAGACAAAUACACGGUUUAGUCAUCCAUUCUGGUUUUGCUUCCAACAAUUUUGUUUCCAGCUCGCUGAUCUUCAUGUAUUCUAAGAGCGCCAUUCUGGAUGAUGCAAUGAAAUCUUUUGAGGAGGCAGAUAAGACUAGCUCUGUGCCCUGGAACUCUAUUAUGUUUGGUUAUGCCCAGCAUGGACAGGCUCAAGCUGUGUGCAGCCUCUUCGAUCAGAUGCUGGAGCUUAAGGUUCCUUCGGAUCAUAUUACAUUUGUUGGCCUGAUUACCUCCUGCAGUCAUGCUGGCCUUGUGGACGAAGGUUCAGAAAUCCUCAAUACAAUGGAAAGUAGGUAUGGGAUUCCUCUUCGGAUGGAGCAUUAUGCAUGCGGCAUUGAUCUGUUUGGGAGGGCUGGGCAGCUUGACAAAGCAAAAGAGCUUAUUGACUCUAUGCCAUUUGAACCAGAUGCCAUGGUGUGGAUGACCCUAUUAGGUGCUUGCAGAAUCCAUGGGAAUAUGGAACUAGCGAGUGAUGUGGCCAGCCAUCUGUUGGAGGCAGAGCCUAGACAGCACUCCACCUAUGUUCUCCUCUCCAGCAUGUAUUCUGGUCUUGGGAUGUGGAGUGAUAGAGCAAUCGUGCAGAAGGAAAUGAAGAAUAAAGGAUUAAGCAAAGUCCCUGGUUGGAGCUGGACCGAGGUGAAGAAUGAGGUGCACUCUUUCAAUUCAGAGGAUGGGGCGCACCCAAGGAUGGAGGAAAUAUAUGAGACGUUGAGUUUGUUGCUUCACAAUUUCCCCAUGCAGUUGGUGCAUGAAGAAACAACUGGAGCCAUUAACUGCGAACUAUCAAAUUAUGGGCAUUAA